GGGAAGAGGAGGAGGGAGAGCGAUGGCGGCGGCCGGCGGCACCGAGAGCGGGCGAGCGGCGGAGGGCGGCGCGGCGGCGCCGGUGUCGUUCGGCUUCAGGCGGAAGGCAGAGCGGAGGAGGCUGGUGGCGGCGGGGCCCUGCGCGGAGCCCCCGGGGGAAGCCGGGGAGGAGGCCGGAGAUGGAGAGGCAGAGCCGCUGAGGGCGGUGGAAGGGAAGGAGCUGCUCAGCUCCCGUCCGGCCCCCCCCCCGCCUAAGGAGCUCAUCAUUCCCCUGCUGCCCCCUGCCCACCGCUGGAGAAACCCGGAGCCCCCGCCCCCCGCUUCUGACCACACCCCUUCAGACCAUGCCCCUUCGAGUCACGCCUCCCCGGACCACGCCCCUUCAGACCCCGCCCCCCCCGGGCCCCUCUCGGUGGAGGACCAAGCGGUGAAGGAGCUACUGAAGGGUGAGUGCCUCUCCCUGUCCCCUCCACCCCUUCCAGAAGCGAGGCAGAGCCAGGAGCAGGGGGAGGGGGACUCUGCCCCCUCCAUUUCCAUCCCCAUCCCACUGCAGGAGGCAGCCCCCCGGCCACAGCCGACCCCCCAGGACUACGCGGCGGUGCCGGUGGCAGCCUUCGGCCUGGCCAUGCUGCGGGGGAUGGGCUGGAGCCAGGGGGAGGGCAUCGGCCGCACCUUCAAACAGGUGGUGAAGCCCUUGGAGCAUCGCCUGCGGCCCCGGGGGCUGGGGCUGGGGGCUGAGCCUGUGCCCCCCUCAGGGAACCCUCCAGCAGGGCAGCCCCCCCGGGAGGGGGAGGCUCAGGGGGGGAUGCUGGCUGUGGGGGCUUCGGUCCACAUCCAGGCUGGGCCUCACCAGGGCCUCUAUGGCAAGGUGGAGGGCUUGGACCCCGAGACCGCCAGGGCCGUGGUGAGGCUGGAGCUGGGGGGGCAGAGAGUGACCCUGAGCCAGCACAGCCUGAAGGUGGGAGCUCCUCCCAGUAAGAACUCCAAGGAGAAGGUUGUCCAGCAGGAGGCUCAUGCUGGGAGCAAGAGGAAGCAGCCCCUGGAAGAGGAGAGGACGCCCCAAAGGGUUCCCCGGAGGGCUCCCCCCUGGCUGCGCAGAGACCUUCGCGUGCGGUGCGUGGACAGCAGCUUCCAGGGGGGGCGCUACUACAACUGCAAGAUGGUGGUGGAGGAUAUGCUGACCCCAGACUCCUGCGUCUGCCGGACGGACGAGGGGCGGCUGGUGGAGGGCCUGAGGGAAGCCAUGUUGGAAACGGUGAUCCCACGAGGCGCCGGCGACCGCGUCAUGGUGGUGCUUGGGGAGCACACAGGGAAGGUGGGCAGGAUCCUGGAGCGGGAGCCGGGGCGCAGCCGUGCCCUGGUGCAGCUGGAGAGGGACGCGGCCGGGCGGGUGGUGCCCCUGGACUAUGACCUCAUCUGCCACUACGUGGGGGGGCUGGAGGAUGACUGAGAGACACA